CCAACUCGUUGAGUGUACUUUCCUCAUUCAUUUUUACUUUUUCACAAUGUUUUCCUUCACCAAGCGGUCUGGAGACCGUGUUCCGCUCCAUCACAGCUUCUGGCAUGACAAGCGGAAGCAGUUCUUCAUAGGGGCUGGAAUGACCUUUUUGUUGCUCCAGCUCCUCUUCCUCGCAAACAUGUCGUGGCUCUACGGCGUUACCUUUCAGUCGGGUUCCAGAGCCCACAACAUGAGAAUACUCAUGGUCGACUAUGACCAGGGUGUGAUUGGUACAGCCAUCUCGGGCGCCUACCAGCAACUCAAAGCGGACAGCUUUCCUACCUUUGAGCAACACUCCGCAACAGAAUAUCCUACACCCGCCGAUCUCAGAAAUGCCGUUUGUCAAGGCCAUUAUUGGGGAGCGGUUUACAGCCAUGCUGGAGCCAGCGACAGGUUGUCUGCUGCUUUGGCCGGGGGCGAAGCCGCGUCGUCCUACAAUCCUGCCAACACGCUUACCUCGAUCUGGAAUGCAGUUCGUUAUCCCACUGCCGCCCAGGGGCAAAUACAGGCGAGCCUUGCCGAGCUAGCACCGGUAGCUGGCGUCGUAUACAACCAUAUCAAUGGAAGCCGGGCCAUCCAAGCCGUCAGCACAUCCGAUGCAGCGGCAGUCCAAGCUCUUCUCAACCCUAUCCAAGCUACCAACAACCCGAUCCAACCAACCACCCACGGCUCGCGCGUUCUGUACAAUACCGUAACCUUCGUCAUGGGCAUCAUCAUGCAAUUCUUCUUCUUGAUGGCUAUAAACGGCAUCGCCGCCGCUGCUCAUUUCUCGACCAAGCUCCCACGGCUCGAGAACUUUUGUGUCCGGCUCGCCCUCUCCUUGGCAUUUACCUUUGUCGCAUCUCUCUGCAUGACCGGUUACGUCUGGGCUUUCCGUGAGAACUGGGCAGUGACAGGUGACGACUUUGGCUUGACCUGGAUGACGCUCUGGUUCUACAUGCACAUCAACUACUUCGUCCUUGACUUCGCGACGGCUUUCGUCCCCAUGAAGUUCAUGACGUUCUUCGUCAUCACCUGGGUCAUCUUGAACAUCUCCAGUACCAUCAUGCCGUUCGAGCUCACGCCGGGCUUCUACCACUGGACUUAUGCGCUCCCCGCGCAUGAGACCUACACCAUGCUCGUACAGAUCUGGUCGCACGGAUGCCACAACCGCGAGUACCGCGCACUGCCGAUCCUGUUCGCCUGGUGGAUUGUCGGGUUUGCGCUGAGCGUGCUGGCCGUGCGCCACCGGUGUAAUAAUGCGGUUCGCGAGGAGGAGGAACAGAGGAAGAUAUGGAAGGAGAGGCUCAUUAAUGGGGACUCGCACAACGGCUCGCACAUAAUGCAGACGCUGUCGAUGGACUCGGGGGCGGAGAGGGUGUAGUCAAGAAUGGUUGCGGCUGAGUUUUAGUUUAGAGUGGUGCAACGGUGCACAGCGGGUUAGACGGUUGCAGACUUCCCAUUUCAAACAUACCUAGAGUAGUUCUUUAUACUUUCAAUACGGACACAGCAUUCUUGUACCAUGUC